GAUCUAACACGCCCUCCUCGGAGCAGCAACGAAAAAAGGCGAAUGCUUCUCCCUCUUCCGUUUCCUCUUUCUCUUUAUAUUGGAUUCUAUUCUCACUAGCGAUCGAUCGCAGAAGAGAAGGAAGGAUGGGGAGAGGGAGGGUGCAGCUGAAGAGGAUCGAGAACAAGAUAAACCGGCAGGUGACGUUCUCUAAGCGGCGGUCGGGGCUGCUGAAGAAGGCGCACGAGAUCUCGGUGCUCUGCGAUGUCGAGGUCGCCCUCAUCGUCUUCUCCACCAAGGGCAAGCUCUACGAAUACUCCACCAACUCCGGCAUGGAAAAUAUUCUUGAACGCUACCAGCGUUAUUCAUAUGCGGAAAAAGCCCUUGUGGAAGCAGAUCCUGAGUCAGAGGGAAGAUGGCGCCAUGAUUAUGGUGAACUAAGGUAUAAGGCUGAGGCUCUACAAAAAAGUCAGAGGCAUCUCAUGGGAGAACAACUUGAAUCCUUGACAUUUAAAGAGCUUCAACAACUGGAGCUACAGCUUGAUAAUGCUUUGAGACAUAUAAGAUCCAGAAGGAACCAGCUUCUAUUUGAUUCAAUUGCUGAGCUUCAGAGAAAGGCGAAGACGUUGCAUGAGCACAACAGCAUACUGGAGAAGAGGCUCAUGGAGGGUAAUGGUGCGAUGGCUUUGACCGAGCACCCACACUGGGAACCACAAAGCCAACCCCAGACAAGCUCCUCGUCACCGCCACCCUUCCUAACAACAGACUCGCUUCCCACCCUAAACAUCGGACACUGCUGGAGGGCAAGUCAUACAUCUGCUUGACCAGGAGAACAACAGGAGUUUGCAUGGCUGGAUGCUUCGCCACGUCAGUGGGUAGAGAAUUCUCCAUUCUAUCCCCCCCUGUAAACCUCUCUAUGCUAUGAUGGUGUGAGACCUUCCAGCUAUAGGACGUAAGCUUAUAUCCCAUAUGAGCUAUUCUGAGAUUUGAAUCUGCUCCAAUGUUCUCCAAAAAGAUAUUAUACCAGUCAGCUGUGGAACUUUAUUGGAAUUUGGACUCAAAGCUGGAUGUAAUUAUGGUAUCCAUGUAUGAUAUGUAUAAGUCAUUAAACCCUAUUGUUUCUUGUGUAAUAUGUUCACCAGAAUAAAUGGGAGUAUAGGAAUCACUGCUAUUAUUAGAAUGUAAAAGAAAAAUACUAUAUGCCAGAGCAUGCAAGGAAAUAAUUUUACUCUGUUCUCAUUUUCA